AUGGAGUCUGGAGGAGGUCAGUGGUUUGGUCCUUAUAGCACUGACACUACACUGGUCUACAAACAUGUGGUCACCAACACUGGGAACGCCUACAACCCACUCACAGGGAUCUUCACAGCCCCAGUCAGAGGAGUGUACCACUUCCAUGUUCAUAUUUUUGAACUCUUUACUGGAAGUUACUUUGCGAGAGUUUCUCUGGUGAAGAAUGGAUCUAAGAUGGUCACAGCCCAGGAGCACCAGUCAACCAGAUCCAACGGCGCCGCGUCCAACUCCAUGUCUGUGCGGCUGGAGGCCGGAGAUGAGGUUUAUGUGGUUCUCUGGAGCAGCCAUCGUAUUUUUGACGACACGAAUCACUACAACACGUUCAGUGGUCACCUGCUGUUCACCGUCUGA